UCUAAUAUGUUGAUAUCUUAAUUUGCAGGAUGGCGCAGUUCCACUUGCUGGACCCUCACUACGACGAGCACCACAGGGGCCGUCUCACCGCAGAGGGAGAGGUGUUGCCCGUUCUGCGGGUCCGGACCCACGACCGGUUUCUGGAGGAGAUGAGGUACGAUGAGAGGUACACUCCUCUCCUACAGAGGGCUGGCUUGGACGUCGUAUCGUACCAGGUUCGCCGUGGGCUGCCCACUUUCAACCCAGCGGCGUUGACGGCUCUGGUCGACAGGUGGCGACCAGAGACUCACACUUUCCACCUUCCCUGCGUUCUUUUUCCAGACGCGACAGGCGACAACGCGUCAUGGAUGUUUCUGCCCUGCCUGACUGACUGGGAUACGAAAGGAGGUUACAACUGGGCUUCUGCAGUGUUGGCCUUCCUGUACAGGCAACUUUGCGAGGCUUGUCGUCGUUCGUCGAGGACCACUAGCUUAGGUGGAUGUGUCUACCUACUACAGCUGUGGAUGUGGGCACACAUACCCGUCGGGCGACCCAGAGAGUUUCCUCCUCGUGAGUGGUUCGUGGUAGCCGGACAUCGGCUUAAGCCCACGGCUGCUUACCGCUGGGAUCAGGUCGACGAGCCAUUCGCACGACACCAGCGUGCUUACGUGGAGUACGCAAACAAGCUCGACGCACUUACUCCUUCGAUGGUGACCUGGCAACCGUAUCUUGAUCCAUAUUUCGCCAGCAUACAGUUGAGCAGCAUGUGCUCAAUAGACGAGAACCUCUACCUAAUGAGGUGUCCCCUCAUCUGUUUUUAUGCUGUUGAGUACCACUUGCCCCACAGAGUUGCUCGACAGUUCGGAUUGCGACAGGAGUUUCCGGUUCGACAGACAGAGACAGAAGAAGGUCACAGACUUCGAGACCCACCACCGUGCAAGCUGAAGGGACAGUGGACAGCUGCAGACUACGCCGAGCAAGAAUCGUUAGACGACGAAGACACAGCUUUCGACAUAGCUGCUCGGCACGGGUCCCAUAUUGAGGCUGCUCCAAUCCUUGAUAGAGUGGGAAACUCUAUGCUCGUAUCUGUUGUUGAACUUGAGCGUAUCUCACAGAGAACUGCAGAUAGUACUACGCUAUCGUUACUAUCAAGGGUAUCACGUCGUCUUCGUCGUGCAGCGGCUCGGUGUGGAUGCCGGUUUCUAGCUGUCGUUGACGUGCAGCUGCCUGUGCCUUGUAUGCAGCAGGACGUUCAGCCUCCCAUUUGUGCAGUUGGACCAUCUACAGCAGGACUGAGCUCAUCGCGAUCGACGUGGGACACGUUUGAGGACGUGGCCCACGACGAGGAGGAGGAGGAGGAGGACGACGACGACGACGACACUAGCGCUGACGCCGCAGAACUAUAUUCUGUGGAUGUUUAUAUAUUCGAUGUUAUUUUGUGA